AUGAACCGCCCGCUUGCGCGCCUCUUUGGCGUCCUCGGCGUGGUCGUCCUCGUCGGCUUCAUCCUCCCCUCGCUCUCGCGUCUCCCCCGUGUGGGCUGGCUGCCCGACACCCAGGAAGCGGCCGUCAAGGGUCCCCUCGAACCGAAGUACCCCGAGAAGCACCACCUCACCAGCGUCCUCGCGCACGCUCCGGGCUUCACUGUGUUCGAGAACUUUCGAACAUCAGCCAACGCUAACAACAGGUACUGGCGCAAUGGGACGUACUACAUCGUGACGGACCAGCCGUGGGCCCUGCCGGCGAACAAGGUCAUGUUCUCGGGCGGAGCGCGUGACGACUCGCACGGCAAGCCAGGCAAGGUCGAGAUCCUCUCGAUCCGCUUGGACGCCAUCUCGAAGCAUGUCGACGAGCGCAACCAGCUCGGCACGACGCUGAGCCCGGCCGCCGCCCUCGCCUUCACGGAGGCGGCCGAGGACCUCCCGAGUCCCAUGCUCAUUGCCCACGACGACCACUUCAUUGACCACUACUACCACUGGAUCGGCGAGCUCUUCCUCGGCGCUUGGCGUAUCUGGAACCACUGGGCCCUUCGAACCGGCAUCAAGCCUCCGUCAUUCGAGGCAAUUGCGUUCUCCCGUCUUCUUGCGCCCGAUGAGCUUGCCAAGACGGACCUGCACCACUCGUGGGGAUGGGCGGACCACGCUGGCGCCAACGAGUACUUCAUGAAGGCGUUCUUCAGCCCCGAUGCCACAAUCGAGUCGAAGACGACGUGGGAUGCCCGCGCGGCCACCGAGCAGCUGUAUCGCAUCGAGAAGGCGGUCCUCGCGGACCGUUUCGCGGGCCACGCUGGCCCUUCGGCGGGCUGGAAGCCGUGGGGUGACGUUCUGCGUGUGCCCGUGGACCCGAACUGGCUCGCGGACCUGCGCGACGUGCUCCUGAAGAACUACCGUGGCAAGGUCGACAUGCGCCCUAAGAGCGUUCCGCGUGUCUCUUACCUGACGAGACAGGACACGAGCCGCCGCCUGCUGGACGAAGCGCACCAGGACCUGAUCCACGCGCUCGAGCGCCUGCAGGAUGAGGGGCUGUGCGAGCUCCAAAUCCUGCACUUCACGGACGAGACGCCGUUUGAGGACCAGAUCGCGCACAUGGCCGCGACUGACGUGCUCGUCGGCGUGCACGGCAACGGCCUGACGCACACGCUCUGGAUGUCUCCCGGGCCUGGCAAGGCCGUGUUCGAGAUCAUGGCCAAGGCCUGCUCCAUGAACGACUACGGACCGCUUGCGACGGCCGCGGGCGUCAGGCACUGGCAGGUGUUUGAGACCAAGGGCAUGUGCGAGGUGUACGAGUGUCCGGACCGCGGAUGCGACAAGACGUUCGACCAAUUGGGCCCGAACCGUGACGACCUCGACGUCGACCCGAAGCUCAUCACGGACAAGAUCCGGAUGCUCGUUGACAAGCACUACAAGAACUAA